UUAAUUUAACCUGUAGAUUUUUGCAUUGUAUUGAAUAUCCGAAGAAUUUAUUUUUCGUAGCAAGAGUAAACUAUUAAGUAAGCUCCAAGAAAAUGGAUAAAUUACGUCGCGUGCUUAACGGAAAUGAUUCCACCCCAGAGGAGGAGAGUAGUAUCAUAACCCAGAUCAAUGAGAUGUCAACGCUCAGCUGGUCGACACGCAUCAAAGGCUUUUGCAUAUGCUUUGUACUUGGCAUCGUACUGUCGUUUCUCGGGUCUUUGAUGCUCUUCUUACACCGCGGCGUAGUGGUGUUUGCGGUCUUCUAUACGCUCGGUAAUAUAAUAUCAAUGGCGAGUACCUGUUUUCUUAUGGGACCAGUUAAUCAAAUCAAGAAAAUGUUCUCAUCUACACGCUUAAUAGCCACUUGCAUUGUGCUUGCAUCGAUAGUUAUGACCUUCAUAGCUGCAAUUGUGCUCCAUAAAGCCGGCUUGACAUUAAUUUUCAUUAUCAUUCAAUCGUUAGCUAUGACCUGGUAUUCACUUUCAUACAUCCCAUAUGCUCGUGAUGCUGUGAAGAAAACCAUCUCCGCUUGCCUUGAUGUGUAAAACUGCUAUAAUGUGGCAAUUUUAUGUUCUGCUCAUCGUUGCAUACACAACAAGCAUUGUAGCUACAUACAUACAUAAGUACAUAACUUCAAAAGUUUGAUAGUAUUAUCUUGUUUAUUUUGCCUUAGUAGUUUUGUACCAAUGCGUCACUUAAUUUAUAAAAGCAGAUUUCAAUUAUAGUAGUAGGUACUAUUAAUGUAAAUUAUAAAAACUUCAGCCGGUCGGGUCUUGGGGCACUUAAAAUAUUUAUCAUGUCAUAAAUAGUUGCUUAUAUGUACACAUGUAAAUUCUAUACUGUAGCUUAUUUUACUGAUAAAAGUAGACAUAAUCAGUGUCUUUCCACGUGUGGUAGGAAAACCAAUUUAAAUUUCGUAACCGUCGACUCAAAGUCAAGAUCGACAAUUAUUCUUAUAGAGCAGCAAGCAAUGCAAGUGUAACUUUAUAUUUAUUUGUUGAAUUACUUACUGGGGUAACCUAAAACUCCUUAUCUCAACCAACGUUGCCGAAAGCUUUCGCUGCGUUCCCACGACAGUCGGGUGUACGUAACCGGAACGACCCAGAUUUAUAUCUGGCCAAGGACUGUCACCCCAGCAACACUCCCCAAAACUCUAUGGGGAACUUGUAUGCUGCUACAACAACAACAACAACAAAGCUUUCGCUGGAAAAUCGUCACUUAACCCUAAAAAAAUCGUCAUUUCGGCCAAAAAGUCGUCAAAUUUUGGUUUAUUGUAUUUUGUUUAACAAAAUAAAAAUACAAAGGAAUUACAUACAAUUAGUCGUAUGCAUAAAAACUAAGCAAUUGCGUUUUCUUAAAAUUGUAUACCUUUAACUUAAAUUUAUUUGAAAAAAUUGAGUAAAAGGUCUGAAAGUUAAGAAAAAGUAUUUGCUUAGGCUUUAUGCAUACGGCCCAAGAAAUAUGACCACACAUUUAGGCCGAUUUUGAACAGAAACUCCCUAGGAAUAUUCAGAAUUGGGCUGAUUAUAAAACCAAAUGGAACCCACAUUGCAUAUGGGUUAAUAAAAGUGGAUUUGGAAUUGUUAACAAUUUAAAA